CUUCCGUGCUCUCUCUUUCUCUUUCUCUCUCUCUCUGUGGAACGCUUGCAGGAGGAAAGGAGAGGAUCUUGGGACUGAGGCGAGGGGCACAAGCAGAGACAUGGACAAUGUGCAAAUGAUCGGCACUAAAAUCACAGCGAUCAAGGAAUACUUAUAUAACUUCGCCCGGACACACUCGCCAACCAGACUAAUGAGCUCCGAAAACACGUACUCGCUCUCCAGGGAGCACUGUAACUUGAAAUAUUCGGAUAUCCUGCCGCACAAUGCCGAGGGCUACCCGGCAACCAGGGAGUUCCUGAUGAAGGUGGUGGAUAUUCUGUUGGAUUUCAUUAAAUCGACGAGCGAUAGAAACGCGAAGGUGCUCGAUUUCCAUCAUCCCUCGGACAUGAUGCGUCUCCUGGACCUCGAGAUUCCCGAUACUGGCCUGACUCUUCAGCAACUUCUCAUCGAUUGUUCCACCACCUUGAAGUACCAAGUCAAAACUGGUCAUCCUCAUUUCUUCAAUCAAUUAUCAUGCGGUCUCGAUCUCAUUUCCAUGGCUGGAGAAUGGUUGACGGCAACAGCCAAUACGAACAUGUUCACCUACGAAAUUGCACCGGUGUUCAUCUUGAUGGAGCACGUCGUACUUCAGAAAAUGAGGGAAUUGAUUGGCUGGAGCGGUGGCGAUUCCAUUCUCGCUCCAGGAGGUUCUAUCAGCAAUCUUUACGCCUUUCUUGCUGCUAGACACAAGAUGUUCCCCACGUACAAGGAGCGAGGCCUUUCUGCUAUCGGUGGACAGCUGGUUAUGUUCACGUCUGACCAGUGUCACUAUUCGGUGAAAUCGUGCGCUGCAGUCUGCGGACUGGGAACAGACAACUGCGUGAUGGUUCCCAGCGACGAUCGAGGACGCAUGAUUCCGUCGAAACUCGAGGAGCUGAUUAUGGAACGCAAGGCCAGAGGACACAUUCCCUUCUUCGUGAACGCUACUGCUGGAACCACCGUCAUCGGAGCAUUCGAUCCUAUUCCUGAAAUCGCUGAUAUCUGCCAGAGACACAAGCUCUGGCUGCACAUCGACGCGGCUUGGGGUGGUGGACUGCUUCUUUCAAGAAGAUACAGACAUCCUAGAAUGACUGGCAUCGAACGCGCCGACUCCGUAACCUGGAACCCCCACAAACUCAUGGGAGCGUUGCUUCAGUGCUCGACGAUCCACUUCAAAGAGGACGGACUGCUGAUUAGCUGCAACCAAAUGUCCGCCGAGUAUUUGUUCAUGACGGACAAGCUGUACGACGUGAAAUACGACACUGGUGAUAAAGUGAUUCAAUGCGGACGUCACAACGACGUGUUCAAGCUUUGGCUGCAAUGGCGAGCCAAGGGUACAGAAGGAUUCGAGAAACACAUGGAUCGACUGAUGGAACUUUCGGAGUACAUGGUCAGGAGGAUCAAGCAGAUGCCUGAUAAGUAUUACCUAAUCCUGGAACCUGAAAUGGUGAACGUUUGCUUCUGGUACCUGCCGACACGCGUGAGGAACAUGCCACAUACCGCUGAGAGGAUCAAGAUCCUUGGAGAUAUUUGCCCGAUCCUGAAAGGUCGAAUGAUGCAAGCUGGAACGCUUAUGGUCGGUUACCAGCCAGACGAUCGACGACCCAACUUCUUCAGGAACAUCAUCUCGAGUGCCGCGGUAACGGAAGUGGACGUGGACUUUCUGCUGGCCGAAAUGGACCGGUUAGGCCACGAUCUGUAAAAAACCUGCCUGCUCUAAUUAGCUGCAUAAUCAGCCACACCCACAGUGGCUGUCUAUA